GCGCCGCACGAGCCCGUCUCGCCGAACAACUCUUACGUCACAAAAUGGGGCAGUGGCUGGUGGAGUCUUGUGUGAGCGAGAAGUUCAAUGCCUGCCGCCGCGCGUGUGGAGACAGCUCCGUCCCGGCUGCAGAGCUGGCCGAUGCGGCCAUCGCGCUCAUCUCGAUCUUUGACCUGAUCAAAGGCAUGGGCAUCGCAAAGAGCGACAUGAUGGGCAACGCCGACGUGCUGAAGAGGCAGGCGGAGGCGAACCCGGGCGCAUCGGUGCAGGAGCUGAUCAAAAAGGAGCUCGAGCAGGCGGACCUCAAGAAGCUCCUCAAGGGGCACGAGUUCAAGGAUGCGCCCCUUGACGAUAAGGGCAAGCCCGUACAGAACGUCUGCGUCUCGAUGUUGUGGCUGCAGCGCGCGCUCAUCUUUAUCUGCGUGCUGCUCGAGACGCUGCAGACGGAGCCGAAGCUGAAGACGGCGGUGGAUGCGGGGUACGCGGCCUCCAUCAAGCAGCACCACGGCUUCGUCGUGAAAGGCGUCUUUGCAGCCGCCUCCAACGCGGCGCCUUCAAAGGAGAAGUUUGUCGGCCUGCUCGCGGAUGAGGAGGAGGAGGCGAUGAGCGCGAUCACGGAGAUGCUGCCCGUGGUCAAGGAGAUCCUCAACAUCUUGGGGCCCUUUAUGAAGGAGAUUGGCGCCGAGACGGGGAACUACCCCCCCGGCUACCUCUGCGCCGCAUAGCCGCCGCCGCCAAGUCUGCGGCCAGCGUGCCCAGCCACGCGAGUAGAGGGAACUACGUGCGUCUGUUGGCGUGGGGGGGGGGGGUAUAUGCUCGGGGAGUGUCGGCCAGGGAGUGCCUCGCCAGCUUGCCCCAGCGAGGGAGCGGGAGGGCGGUCGCGGGUCGGCAGAGCGGUCGUGGCCCUUGAUGUGCCGCGCUGCCGCCCGCGCCCGCGGCCCGCGCGCAUAUCCGGCACGGUUUUCACGCGUGUUCAUAUGGCGCGCCUUCCUAGUGGCCACGGCCCUGGCUCGAUAUACGGCUAUUUAAAAACCCGAGCCGCCUUCUU